AUGUCUGCAGAUCCUGUUACACCACCGCCACCAGUGCCAGCCAAGGACGAUAUAUCACCAAGGAAGAGUGAUCAAGUGAAUGAGACCCAUGAGGAUGGAUCAAAACAAACACCACCAAAAUCACAAUCGCAGGCACAAUCUCCAAUUUUGCUUGUAGACAACACACCAUUGACUUAUGAUUUGAAUGAUGAUCUUUCAACCAUUUCAAUUUCACGUCAAUUGGAGUCCUAUCGCUCACCCCAUUUGAAUGAAAACUCGGAUUUGUUUGCAGUACUGGACACGGUACACCAAAUAAUAUCAAGGAAACUUGAAAGUUUGAACUCCGAGAACGAAACUAAUGAAAUCAAUUCCGAUCAAGUAAAGUUUUGGAUCUCAUAUCUUGAAGACACGUCAAAUGCCAACCUAGUACGUAAUGGUAAAAUAAAUUUACUUGAACAAUAUAUUUCCAAUGGGAUUCCUCAACAUUUACGUGGCUUAAUUUAUCUCAAAACUUUACAAGUACGUUAUAAAUUAACCAAGGAAAAUUAUAAUAACCUUCUUAAGAAGGCACUUAAUUCCCCAAAAGUUAAGGAUCAAAACUCGUACUUUGAGGCAUUAUCAGUAGAUCAAUCACUUAAUGAUAAUCUUAAGAUAUUCACAUAUAUAACAUCAGAUUUGAUUUCUACAAAUAGUUCAAGACUUGAAGCUAUUAAUAGUGAAACUUCUCUUUCAUGUAACUACGAAAGUACUUCACAUCUCCCACCAAAUGGAUUUGUUGUGAAUGUGGGGAAACUUUUACAAAAGUUACCAAAUCUUGAAAUUGAAGAUGGAUUAUUUUUACUUUUAAAAUUCAAUAAAAUAUAUUUGAAUUUGAUUAAAGAUGAAUUUUUCUACAAGGCAAAUCGUUCAUUAGAACAAAUAUCUCCAAAGAUAUUCUUACACAUUAGUAAACAAGGCAUUGACCUUAAUCAUAUGUACAAGAAAACCUUGGGGAAAUUUUUUGAAGGAUUUAUGGAACAAGAUGUAUUAAUAAAACUUUUAGACUUUGUUUUAUUUGAAGGAUUUGAUUUUAUCAUAAGAUUUUAUGUUUCAAUUUUUGCCAAAAAUGGAGAUAAAUUAAUGAAAUUAGAUGGUGAUAAUUUACAAGAUUUCAUUAAUGGAGAUGAAUUAUUUAAGUAUAUUAAUACUGAAGAGUUCCAAUUUGAAGAUGUUCUUAAAAAUCAACCAGAUCUUAUCAAAUAUGAAAAUGAAUAUCAUUUAUUACAUGCCAACUCAUUAAACCAUAAUAACAAUGAAUUGGCCAAUUUAAAAGAGGUUAAUGAAGAUCUUAAUGUUAAAAUAUUAGAUUUAAAGAAACAAUUGGAAAAUUUGAAAACAACUCAUUCAGAAAUUAUUGAUCAAAGUACGUCAUACACACAGCAAUUAAAUGAGGCACAAGAUGAGAAAUUAGAAUUAAAUUCAAUGAGAGAUAAAUUGAAGUUACAAUAUGAAAACUUGAGUAUGAAGGAGAAUGUUAAAAACACUAUUAGGGCUAAUAAAGAGUUUAGCAUUAGAAACUCGGAAUUAGAGGAACAAAUUGACCAAAUUAAGGGUAAUAUUAGCCGGAAAAGAGAGAAAUUAGCUAAGUUAGUUUCAUAA